ACAGAAGGUGUGAUUUGAGAGCGACAGUGCAGAGAAACGAAACCAGAGCCAAAAGACAAAUACAAGGACGCAAAAGUAAAAUAUCUGUUCGAAAUUCCGAUCGGUCACCGUUGAAAUCUGUGAGUAAAUUCCUUAAAGGAAACAAUGGCAUCAACUUUCAGCGGUGAUGAAACUGCUCCUUUCUUCGGUUUCCUCGGUGCCGCUGCAGCACUCGUUUUCUCCUGUAUGGGAGCUGCUUAUGGAACGGCGAAGAGCGGUGUGGGAGUGGCGUCGAUGGGAGUAAUGAGGCCAGAGCUUGUGAUGAAGUCAAUUGUGCCUGUUGUUAUGGCUGGAGUGUUAGGUAUUUACGGUUUGAUUAUUGCUGUCAUUAUCAGUACAGGGAUUAACCCCAAGACCAAAUCGUAUUACCUUUUUGAUGGAUAUGCCCACCUUUCUUCUGGUCUGGCUUGUGGUCUUGCUGGCCUGUCCGCUGGAAUGGCUAUUGGAAUUGUUGGUGAUGCUGGUGUUAGAGCAAAUGCACAACAACCAAAACUUUUUGUUGGUAUGAUCCUGAUUCUUAUUUUUGCGGAGGCAUUGGCUUUAUACGGACUGAUUGUCGGCAUCAUCCUUUCUUCCCGUGCUGGCCAAUCUAGAGCAGAGUAGAAGAUAAUGUAUUUCCAGGGGAAAACAGGCCUGCCAGACACAAAUUUCUAAACCAGCUCGUAAAAGGAUUGUAUAAAAUGGCAGAAGCUACUGUGGGUUAAUCUUUGUCGUUAUCUCUUCUCGCAGAGGAAAUUUCAGUUUAAACUGCAGCUUCAAAACAUUAGAAGUGCUAUUCAUGUAAUAUUUGAAACUACAAUGAAUGUCUUAUAGUUUGAAACCUCAGGAGAGUAAACUAAAUUUUUUAAAGCAUUUUCGUUUA